AAGGAGGCGUCUGGCGAGAGAAUCAAAGAGAAAAAAAAGUAAAAUUUAUCGGAUAUAAAGGAGAUUUGCGGCAGAGGGAGGCUGGUCGGUCCGUCGCGUGCGAAGGUUGCGAGCGGCCGAUCGGACGGAAAGCCGUCCCGGCAUUUGUUCGUCCGAAAGACGUGGACCGAACCCGUCCAGGUUAUACCAAUCGAUCGCUCUGCGUACGAGAUCUAACAUUUCGGAAUUUUCCGCCGUCGUCUCCUCCGAUGACAACGACAAACGGCUCCCCUUCUUCCUCCUCUUCUUCCGCCACUAUCUCUUCUUCCUCUGAAGCCAACAAUCGUAACCCUAACCCCAACCCUAACCCUAGUUCCAGCUCCAGCAACACGAUGCACUCCUGGUGGGAAUCCGUCUCCAAGGCCCAGUCCCGCAUCCAUGCCCUCUCCUCUCUCCUCGCUUCACCUUCUCUUAUCUCCCUCGCCGAAUCCGACCGUCCAGCUCGCUCCCUUCUUAAUUCCAGUGACGCCUAUCUCGCCGUCUCCGCUGCGCUUUCCCACACCUCCGCCGGAUCUGGUGACGAUCCACUCUGCCAGUGGCUCUACGAGACGUACCAGUCCUCAGAUCCCGACCUCCGCCUCGUUGUUCUCGCUUUUGUACCCCUCCUUGCCGGCCUAUACCUCUCCCGCGUGGUCACCUUUUCUGUCUCUUCGGCAUCUGGUUCUGCGCCUUCUCUUGCCGGUUUUGAAGCAGUACUUCUCGCGCUCUAUGGCUCCGAGGUCAAAGUCCGCUCGGGCAAACCCCUCCUCAUAUCUAUUCCGGAUCUAUCACAGCCCUCCCUUUACCACACUCCGUCGAAAGGCUCUGUUUCAGCGCAUAAACCGACCAUUGGAGUUCUAUCUCCGCCGUUAGAGCCUCAGAUAGCCGUGAAAUCCACGAAGCGUGCAUCUAUUGUUGGAAUUGCUCUUGAUUGCUACUACAGAAAGAUAUCUCUCAUGCCUUCGUGUUCUAAGAUUGAUUUCUGCGAGUUUGUUUCGUCAUGGGCUGGCCAAGAUUGUCCGUGUCGCCAUGAAUUUGAUGAUGACAUUAAUUCAUCUUCCUCUCCAGAGAUGAGGAGCUUUGGUGAAGAAGGUGGAGAUAUCGAGAAUGCAGCUGAGGGAAUGGGUGGGUUGGCCAUUCAGGAUCGGUUGAAUGGGGAAUGCAAGUGGGAGGGGGUUGGAAGGAAUUCACGAAGAGGCUCAAGAGUUCCGCUUCCUUGGGAGCUCUUGCAGCCAGUUAUGAGAAUUUUGGGGCACUGUCUUCUGGCUCCAUUGAUUUCAGAGGAGGUGAAGGAUGCAGCUUCGGCUGCUGUCCGCUGUGUCUAUGCACGGGCCUCACAUGAUAUAACACCCCAAGUGAUUCUGGCUGCUCGCAGUUUGAUCCAGCUGGAUAAGAGUACAAGGAAGACUGCGAAAGAUGCACUGAUGUUUGCUGCACCUGGGCCUGCGUCAAACCCAAGCACUCCUAGCAAACCUAGGAGACCUGAGGUACUUUUGGCAUCAAAAUGAUUCAACAAAUUAUGUCAUAUUAGUUUUCUGGUGUCGCGUAUCUGUUUUUGUAGGAGGUUACGAGGAUGAUUCUCUUAUUAUAGUGCUAAUAUGUAAUGAUUUCGUUACCCUCUACUUGUUGAUGGAUAGAUUUGUGGAUCAUGGCUUAGCCUGCGAGUUUUUACUUCUUAAAAAUUUAAAUGAACUUCCGUUAAUGUGAAUUAUCGAUGAGGCUUAUAGAAUUUCUCAAUUUCUCGUGUAAUUGUGAAUUUUUGAAGCAUCUUUUAUAGUGUGCAAUGUAUACAGCCUUGUUCAACUAAUUUGGUUGGACUUCUGAAUCCUAA